AUGCGUUCUUCAUUUAUUUUGAUUUUCACUCGCGCCAUGAGAUUGUCAAAAACAUACAGUUUUUCAGGUAACAAAAGUCUACGAGGACAAAGAAUUUUACUAAGACGAGAACACUGAAGACAUCGUCGUCAUGACGCAGGCACCAACGUCUAACGACGCCUGUCUGAGCAUCGUCCAUAGUCUUAUGUGCCAUAGACAGGGAGGAGAGAGCGAGAGCUUCGCCAAGCGCGCCAUAGAGAGUCUGGUGAAAAAACUGAAGGAAAAACGGGACGAGCUUGACAGCCUCAUUACGGCAAUCACCACCAAUGGCGCACACUCCACGAAAUGUGUGACCAUUCAAAGGACCCUUGACGGACGGUUACAGGUGGCAGGAAGGAAGGGCUUUCCUCAUGUCAUUUACGCCCGUAUUUGGAGAUGGCCUGAUCUUCACAAAAACGAGUUGAAACACUGCAAAUUCUGUCAUUAUGCUUUUGACCUCAAGCAAGACAGUGUCUGUGUGAAUCCAUAUCACUAUGAGAGGGUGGUUUCUCCUGGCAUAGAUCUAUCUGGACUGAAUAUCCAACAUGCAGCUCCCCCAUCUCGGCUUGUGAAGGAUGAGUACGGAAAUGAGAUCGGGAUGAGCAUGUCGAGUUCCGAGGAAGUCUCGCAAACCGUUCAGCAUCCCCCGCAAAACGAGUUCGCUCGGAUCCUUACUUCUGGAGGAAUGGGUCAAGGGUCAAGUGGCCCUCAAUCAACUGUACCUCAGCACCCCCAUACAGCGGGACCGGCUAUAUCUAGCCCUCUGGGGCGGGGCUCGAGUGCCCCCAACACCCCACUCCAUAAUCCACUGUCUCCCUCAGCCAAUCCUUUAUCACCGCAGGCACAUUCAGCUGCUGCCAGCGCGAUGUCGCAUGGGCUGCCUUCACCUAUGGGGGACGGAUUCAGUGGACCGGUGUCUGCCCAUGUGUCCCAGGCCCCACCGCUGUCCAGUAUUAACGCCUUCCCCCCACGCAGUUCUAUGUCUGCGACAGCAACUUGGGUUGGCAAUAACACAGCAACUUAUACCUCUUCCCAGGAUCCGCAGUUCUGGAAUAACAACCACAUGCAGUCGUCUGAAGUGCAGUCAUCUCCCCUUACCAAUCAAAAUCCGCCAGAGUUUUGGUGUACCAUCACUUACUUUGAGUUGGACCAGCAGGUCGGCGAAACGUUCAAAGUCCCGUACAGCUACGCGCGGGUCACGGUGGAUGGCUAUACGGACCCAUCCAGUCUGGACAGGUUCUGUCUGGGUCAGCUCUCAAACGUCCACCGGACCGAGACCAGUGAUAAAGCAAGGUUACACAUUGGUAAAGGUGUACAGUUAGAUUACAACGGUGAGGGAGACGUGUGGAUCCGCUGUGUCAGUGACCACAGUGUGUUUGUACAGUCCUACUAUCUGGACAGAGAGGCAGGCAGACAGCCAGGGGAUGCGGUCCACAAAAUCUACCCCAGCGCUUAUAUCAAGGUGUUUGACAUCCGUCAGUGUCACAGACAGAUGCAGGAACAGGCUGCCACCGCACAGGCUGCUGCCGCUGCUCAAGCCGCCGCUGUGGCAGGCAACGUCCCAGGACCAGCAUCUGUAGGCGGUAUCGCUCCAGCAGUGGGCCUUAGUGCUGCCGCUGGUAUAGGAGUGGACGAUCUUCGUCGCCUCUGUAUCUUGCGCCUCAGCUUCGUCAAGGGCUGGGGACCAGACUACCCUCGACACAGCAUCAAGGAGACCCCAUGUUGGAUCGAAGUUCAGCUUCACCGACCACUCCAACUCCUGGACGAGGUUCUACAGACCAUGCCAAUCAAUGAGCCACGACCUCGCGGCUUCUUUCUGGGCUAACCUCUUGACCUUUGGUCAUGGACUGAUGAGUCUGGAGGCUGGACACAGUAUUUGAUGUGUGUAUUUUCUGUGGGUUUUUUUUUCGAGACUAUCUAAAGGUCACCUCUGUUGUAAUCCACCACUUCUGUAUCAACUGUGGUGGUUUUAUUUUUAACUUCAUUAUUUAUGUGGACGACAAAUUUCAAGACUUGGUACUUGGAUGAAGUGCUUCAGAUGAGGAUCUCAUAUUGUUGAUUAUGUAUAAUUACUACUGUGAAGCCUGUCGAUAGAAACGGGUUUAUGUGUGCAUGAACUAGACUUGUGAUGGCUCAAUGGCCAAACAUUGAAUUGAUUCAGGAAAACAGAGCUGUUAAAGGUUAAGAAGUGGGUAAAAAUACUGGCUUUCUGAAUAUCAUAACAAGCCUGCAAUUUUUGUAAAUGGAGAAACAAAGUGAGAAAGUGCAGUGAUCUGAAUAUAAUCACGACAGAAACUGAAAAUUGCCAAAUAUCUAGACAUGCGGUGGUAAUCAUAGAUUUCAAGGAGAAACAGUAGUUAGAGAAGUAGGUCAAAGAUAGAGCUAUUUUUCUUAUAUGGCUGCCGAAUGCUGCUUCAUUGAAGGACCUGUGUGGUUAAGUUUUAUAGACUAUGUUUAUGUUGAGUUUUUAUGAUUGGAUGUCCUCUGGCCUGUGAAAUACUUGAAACCAUGUAUUACAAGCAUCUUUUUGAUACACAUGAGAUUAAUGAGAACCAUAGGGAAUAUUUAUCGUCUUGUUCCUUUUUUAUAUUGAAGUGAAUAAAAGGACCACUUGCUUGGGAAGUAUUUCUCAACUAGCUACUGUUUACAGAGUUAUUUUCGCCCCGUAUGUUAUUUUCGCAUGUUUACACUUGCACUUUCGCCCCAUCUUGAAUUUGCUGAAACGCAGAAAUAUAUACCCUUUCUAAUUAACUGUGUUAAUCUGAAUUUGUUUUGAAUUUGCCCGCUGACAAUGAGAGGGAAAGACCCGAAAAUGAAUUAUACGGGGCGAAUAUUUACCCGUAUACAGUAUUCGCAAAUAAAAUAUGAUGCAUAUAAUACAUGGUUUACAGUUAACAAAAUGUUUUCAUUUACUAGCACUAACUGCAAUUUUGAUUUAAGUCGGGCAGAGUUCUUGUUUGUGUGUUAAUAUUCAUGUUUAUAAUUGACCCUGUCAUUUAGAUACUUUUAAUGUGUUACAUUGGCUCUGUAUUCUUUUUAGCAUUUUUGGCGGAAAGCGGCUUUGGAAUAAUCAAGAAUAAUGAAGUACAUCCUUAAAUGCAAUGAGUUUAUGUAUGAGAUUAGUAACAUUCAGAAAUACGUGUAUCUGUUGAAAAAUCUUUUUUUUUUGCCAAGUGCCAUACACGCCAAAUAUGAUAUGUUUACAGUAGCCAGACUGCCAUGACUUCCUGUAUUAUGUCUUUUAAGUUUUAACCCAACAAGUUGUUAGACUUACAGUGAAGUAAUGUACUCUUUUUCGCAACAGGGCAAACAGUUAUCUUUCAACAAAUACAAAGGACACUUCGUAAAAGGCAUUUUUCUGGUUACUUUCCUACGGUUACAUGUAAUUCCUCACGAUUUGCACCAUGUAUCAUUGUGUAUCAUAUGUUUUAAACCAGCGGGCUCUCUAUCCUGAAGCCUUUCUUAGUAGAAUUAUACAAAACUCGUAAUGACUGUAGCUUUUAAAAGAUUCCUGUCACAACGUUUUAACCCUAAUUUUAUCAAUAUAAAUUUAUAAACCUAGAAAGCCUUAUGAAAGAGAUGCUGCCCUUUGUAUUUGUGAAUCCUCAUUUUUUUUCAUAAAGAUUGAUUAGAAAAUGCGAAGCAUUUUGUUUCCCUCUCUUUAGAAGAAUUUUAUCAUAAUUAUGAGAGAUUUUAAUUUUUACCAUGCAGUUAUUGCAGAGGGGUUGUAAAAUAUUAUACAUGGAUGUUGAUGUUUACUGUCAACUAUACCUGGUUAUAUUUAUAUGUGUAUAUAAUAUGUGGUUGUUUUUAUUAAUGGGAUUUAUACCUUUACGUUACUGUUAGGUUAACUUGUGCCAGACUCAUACUAAAACUGUAUACAGGGUUAUUUCUGCCCCGUGUUAUUUUCGCCCUUCAAAUUUGCAAACGGUUUCGCCCAGUCUUAAAUUCGCCCCCUGGAAACGAAGGUGAAAAUAAAACGGGGCGAAUAUAUCCAUGUAUACAGUAUUAUAGUUGUCAACAUCCCAAAAAAUCGUUAACAUUGUAAACAUUUUCUUUCUCAACGAUUUCUACCCGACUUGUCAAUGAUAAAACUGGUUCUCGUUAACUAAUUUUCGUAAGUUGUCUUUACAGUAAUUUUCAACAAUUACGUUGUACAUUCAACAACCUUUUUACUUUGAUGAAGUUCUUGCAAAUUUCGUGAAAUUUACCUAUUUACGAUUUUAUGAAGUUCUAGCAAAUCUCGUGAAAUUUACAUCCGAACAAUCUGAUGAAGUUCUCGCAAAUCUUGUGAAAUAAACCUCCAAGCGACUAAGAGUUUGUUUACAGUGUUGUUUUCUUUUUCAAGAGGUUGUUGCGACUCCGCUCAAAUAUUGCCAAAAAAUUGCAGCUCAUUGUCCUUGUCAGUAAGUUUGGUUUAUAGCUAUGGACAUUUGUUCUCGGUUUCUAUUCUUUCUUUUUUCAAACGAGUUACCCCUUACUUUGGUAGAACAAUGAAUAUUUGAUGAUCAAUGGUAAUUUUGUGUCAACUGAUUUAAUGCAUACACUUUGUCAUUAUUUCUUGUGUUCAAUUUUGGAUACUGAAUACUUGCCACAUUUGAACGCCUAAAAAUGUUAUUUCUAUGGUGAUGUUAAUUGUUAGCUAUAAGAUAACACGAAUUUAACGAAAUAUUAUUUAUGUUAACAUGGUUGAGAAACCAUUUGUAUAAUACAUUUUAAUUUCUUGUUCUGAACUCAAAAAAAUUAAGAGGAGUUGCGUAGGAUACUAGUAAACAAAUGGCGUUGGAGUAAUGUAAGUAAUUUUUCGGAGUGGUUGUACUGAAUAGAUUUGUUGGUCUGAGAAAAUUUACUAGCAAAAGUUUUUUUGUACUUCUAACAAUUACAGAAAUUUUUUGGAUGAAUUUGAAUUGUCCUUUUCUUGGCCAUUUCAAUCCGGUGAAUCCAGAAUUCUUCCCGCUUUUUUUUUUAGAGUACCUUAGAUACCUCUAUUGCAAAAGAGUUCACCAAUUAUCAAAAAACUUCUGUAUAACAGCUUCUAUAGCAUUUCUAAUGAAACGUUGUGUACAAAGUAUGUCCAUGAUGGCCCUUUAUCAUAAAGAUAUUGUUCUGUUUUAUAAAUGUAUGUAUUUAAAAAUCAUGUUCAUCAAAGAUCAUUUUAUGUGUCUAUGAUUCAGUCAUCACUCUUUAAUUGUUACAAGUAGAUGUGUUUUGUAUUUGUGCUAAAUUUUGUCUUACUAACAGUGGUUUUUAUUGUUCAUGUGAAAUAAGCGACAAAAAUUUAUCACGCUUUUGAAUGAACUUAAAAGGAUUAUAUACCUCUAUUUAGCAAAGCAGAUUUUUAGAUGAUUUUAAAAAGUAGAAUAAUUAGUGCAAUACUUGUGAGAAGUUUUUUUAACUUCCUACAUAAAUGUCAUACACGAUUGGUCAUAACAUCUUUUUUUUUUCAAUAAAGGAAUUUGAAGAAAGAAAAUAA